AUGCCUGAAACCACGGUCCCCUGGGAUAUUUUCCCCCCUACACCAAAAUUGGACCUGUCCAAAGCACGACAGCAAGGACUGGUAAAGACCGCACGGGGUAUCAGGCUAUGGCACGCGAUCUUUGGAAUUCCUCUCGAAGCAACUCUGCGAGCGGGACGAGUACCAAUUCUAUUGAUGCACGGAGGGGUGAGCAGUUCGGAUUGGAAUGCGCUACAGGUCGAAUACUUGUCCCCGAAUUACACGGUCAUUGUCCUGGAUCUCCCAGGACACGGCAGAUCUCCAUUCGAUGACCGAGAGCUCUCGUACGAGAAGGUGGCCGCAGAUAUUGCCGGUGUACUCGACGUUCUCAAAGUCCCCAAAGUGGCCAUCAUCUCGUGGUCCGAAGGGACGAUGAUGGCUUGGUCGAUGCUCGCUUACCAACAGCACCAUCGCGUCGACCGAGCGUUCUGCUACUCGGCCCUCGAUGACUACCGCAAAGCCGAUGCAGAGAAAGUCAUGCAAAUAUGGAUGGUGGGCGAGUACUUCAGCCGGACGCAACGGGAGUGGGAAGAAACACAUCCCGGGGAGAAAUGGGAUGAGUUCUUGGGUGCCUGGAUGACCAUGUGGACGAGAGAGCCCAUCUGGACGGUCGAGUCGUUCAGGCAUUUGCCUAUCAGGGGUCAAGACAAGGGCGCUCCGAUCGUGUGGAUCGUGACUGGCGAUCACGACGAAUGGAUUCCCCCAGAGACGCACGAUCGCAUGGCCAGAUUCAUCCCAAACUCGAGCUAUCUCAAGAUGCCGAGCGCUGGACAUCUGACCUUCAUCCAGAAUCCUACAAUUGACGUUUUGCGCCGGCAUCAGAAAAAUCACCCCACUCGCCGUGAUGGCAGAUCAACCAGGCGAACACCGCCGAAUGAGCCGUUACCAGAGCUUGUGGAUACGAUUGUUGUCUUCUCCCAAAAUGAGGAUGCUGCUCAUGAGCCAGAGGGAGAUGUUGAGGCUUCUUCGCCUACAUUUUCUACAAGACAAGUACACUUGUCUGCCACGAGUCAACAACGUCGAGCAAAUUCCCAUGUGUCGGAGCGACAAGACCCCUAUCAAGAUAGUUCUGUUCUCCCAGAUGCGGACAGUUACAUUGCCGAAGAACCACUGGAACUGACGUGGGACUCAACUAUGGUCCAGUGUGCUGCUUCAAAUGCCAGUUCUUAUAUUGCGAUUCCAGCCCAAAGCCUGGGACUUGAGCCUGUUCCAUCACCAAGUUGGCAAGACGAAGCCUUACACGACGCCGACCACUCCAUUUCCCAGAUUGAAACGACUUUGCAACCGCAAAUGACCGAGUGCCAACCCUCGGCAUCGGCAGAGGUUCAAGAGCCGCCAAGAGGAGGCGCUGUCGACCUCCAAGAGUUGUUAUUGUUUCACGAUAUUUCGACCGAUGUCCUUCCAUUGAGCAGUUCACUUCUUCCUACCUUGCAACAAGCUUCUCGUCUGAACAUAUUCAGCCCUGAGUCGGCGCCUCUGCGAGGACUACAAGAAAACUCCGAUCCUCGCAAAUGCUUUACGAGUCUGGUCUCAACAGAGCGCUUUGGGAAGAUUCAACGCCGUUGGCAUUCGCACUCAAGCAGACCAAUUCGACUCAUGCCCGACCUGUGGCGCAAUCUGGCGGAAAGCAAGCAAGCAAAUCUCUACAACGUCGAAAUCCCACAAACAUGCACUUCCCAAUCGUCUGAGAAGCGUAUCUCGAGAUGGGGCUUUGACGAAGAGUGUCGUCAACAAAUGCAACUCACACUCGACAGCUUGACAUAUCCAUCAAGCACUGGGACCGAAAGGCUUACGCUCCCGUCCACCGAGACAUGCGAGGUCGCCCUGGAGAUAUAUUUCCAUCAAUUCCACCCAACCCUACCAGUUAUUCAUCCCCCGACAUUUUCGGCCAAAGACGCACCGUUUCCUCUGCUGUUUGUCCUGUGUCUACUCGGAUCCAGCAUUCUAGGCUCUCCCAGCGCCAUAAAAUUGGUGUCCAGCUCUUUCACCAUGAUCCUGGAACUGGUAGAGACCGAGUUGCAAUCCGAUAUGGCCAGAAGGGGGUCCACCAUGGAACAGUUAGGGGUGCUCACCACUGCCUUGCUAGUGCUGAAUCUUGCCGCCAUUACUGGCCAAACCUCGCGAUGCAUGGCUCAGGUGGAGAUGCUCUAUGUCAACCUAAUGGCACUGGCACAGUGGCACGGACUUUUCUUUGUCCAGGACGAUCUCACUGUGAAUUCGACGUUGGACGCCAUCGACGACGAAGAACGAAGAUGGCAUUCCUGGGCCAAGAUCGAGUGUGUCAAAAGGCUGAUUAUCGGCAUCGUCGAGAGCGACAUCUGGUUUGCCAGCCAUUUCGCGACAUGUCCCAUGAUCCGUCCCGAAACCAUCAGACUUCUCCCACCAUCCGACAUGAAACUCUUCCAUGCCGACACGGCGGCGCUCUGGUCCCAAUUGAGGCCGAAAUACGAAGCCGAUCAGGGCCCCUAUAUUGUUGAAUUCUAUGUUCCCCUACUGAGCUCACGAACCCCGGAAAUAUCGGCGCUCUUGACAUUGCUCCAGCAUCGAGUCUACGAGACAAAGCACCGACUGACGUGCUCCAACGAGGAUCACCGGUGCCUGGAACCGUGGCGACUGUACAAGACAACACCUAGCGACGCUGUUCUCGUUGAUAAGAUUGUCGGACUCCCUUCUGCAAUACCGCUGAGCCGCGCCGACAUCAAUGGUGUCGUCUCGUGGCACACUUCUUGUAUCUUGAUGACGGCCAACAUGCGGCAUUUCGAAGAUGCGGCCGGGUGCAGCGGGACUGCCAUGGUGGCACCUUCUCUGCGCGACAUUGCCACCUGGGCCUGCACGCCCACGGCCAGACGGGCCGUUGUCCAUGCCGCACAAAUCUUCAAGCUGCUCUUCUACCGUCGAGUAUCGGACAUGGUCAGCGUCCACACGGUGGCGGCGCUGUUCAAAUCCGCCCUGGUGCUGAGUUUCUACCUCCUCAAUGCGCCAGAGACGGUUCAUUCCGCGAAUCACGGGACCUUGGAGCUGUUUGACGACGUCGACUGGUCUGUCGUCGGCUCACUUGGGGUGUCGAACCACCCCGGCGCUUUGUCUGGACCGGUUGAUGCUGCUGCCGCAAAGGACGACCCUGUUGGCCAAUUUAUUGAAACUGGCGGCGGUGUCAGCAUUACUGGUAUCUUCCACGCCCCGGGAUUCUCGUCGUGCAGAAGGGUCCUGCUCCACGCCGCCGAUCUGAUGCAGACUAUGGGGAAGUGGAGAUCACGGACGUUGUCUCAGAUUUUACACCUCCUGACUGAUGACUUGAUGGAUGUCGACUCUGCCGAUAACUAUAACUAG